AAAAUUCACAUCCAUCAUCAUCUACUCUUUCUCUCUCAGUCGAACAAAGUUGAAGAUAAUUUGCCUUUAGCUCCUCCAAAAAUGGCACCAAAGGCAGAGAAGAAGCCCGCCGAGAAAAAGCCAGCGGAGGAGAAGAAAACCACCGUGGCGGAAAAGGCCCCGGCGGAGAAGAAGCCCAAAGCCGGGAAGAAGCUCCCCAAGGACGGUGGCGCUGCUGGGGACAAGAAGAAGAAGAGGAUGAAGAAGAGCACUGAGACCUACAAGAUCUACAUCUUCAAGGUGCUGAAGCAAGUCCACCCAGACAUUGGAAUCUCGAGCAAGGCCAUGGGGAUCAUGAACAGCUUCAUCAACGACAUUUUCGAGAAGCUGGCGCAGGAAGCGUCGCGAUUGGCCAGGUACAACAAGAAACCUACGAUUACUUCCAGGGAAAUUCAGACUGCCGUUAGAUUGGUGUUGCCCGGCGAGCUUGCUAAGCAUGCUGUUUCCGAGGGGACUAAGGCUGUCACCAAGUUCACUAGCUCUUAGGUUUGAUCUGAUAAUUGUUGUUUAGGGAAUUGUUUGGAUGAAAUUAACCGUUUAGUUUGUAAUGGAGAUGUGUAUCUAUUUUUGAUUCUUCUUACGGUAA